AAAGUCAUUUUGAAGCCUAUCAAAACAAUGGGGGAUCAUAUAUUAGAUAAAAAGGUCGGUCUGUUUGGAGGGAAAGGGAUUUUCACAAAAGAGUUGGAUGAACAGUUAAUAAAAAAAAAUGUCCACAUUUGUGUGCAUUCUUUGAAGGACGUCCCGAUGGAGUUGCCAGAACAUGUGCAGCUCUCCUGCUUCCUAAAAAGGGACACCAUAAACGACGCCUUCUUAUCGGUCAAGUAUGCCACGUUGGAAGAUAUGAACAAACGGAAGAUGGCAAAUAAAGUGGAGGAGGAAAGUGAUCAGGAAAAGGGGACCAUCCAACAAAUGACUAACCAGGGUUUGAAGAGAGACAACUGCGAAGGUGAUAAAUGCACGAAUUUCAUACCAACCAUUGGGACGUCCUCCUUGAGAAGGUCCAGCCAAAUUAAAUACACUUAUAAAAACGUAGCAGUAAAGAAUGUGCGGGGGAAUAUUAACACACGAAUUGCCAAACUGUGUAAUGGGCAGUAUGACGCCAUAAUCAUUGCAAAGUGCGGACUGGAAAGAUUAUUAACCAAAAAGGUGGUCAGAAAUAUAAUUCGAGGAAAAGGUAAAGUGCCCCCAGAGAAGUUCCUGCUUAAUCACAACGACAUGGAGACCAAUUUGCGCCUUUUACGCAUACAGCAAAUAAACAGGAGAACUAUCUACCCCGCUUUGUGCCAGGGCAUUAUCGCUGUGACAUCCCACAAAAAUGAUGUGGACACUUCUAAUAUACUGAAAAAUAUAAACGAUGAGAAGGCGCAAAUUAUGGCAAAUGUAGAGAGGUCCUUUUUGUAUCAAAUUGAAGGGAACUGCAUGAUGCCCAUUGGGGGAUAUGCACAAAUUGUAGGUGGUGAAAUUGUCUUCAACGCGGUGAUUAAUGACACCCAUGGGAGGGAGAAAUAUCACGUUCGCGAAGUUGGGACGGUGCAAAACUGCAACAACAUUGCAGCAAUGGCUGCCACAAAAAUGAAGGAAAAAAUCGGGACGCACAGGUUUAACAAAAUUAAAGAAGAGGCGGCCCAAUACUAUGCGUAA